CCGAGGGCGAGCAGAGGGGAGGGGCCUGGUCCGGCCCGGCCGGUGCGCGAGGACUGGGGCCGCGGCCCCGCACGGCCGCCGCCGCCGCCGCCGCCGCCGCCGCCGCGAUGGCCCAGCAGCAGAUGACCAGCUCGCAAAAAGCCUUGAUGCUUGAGCUGAAAUCCCUGCAGGAGGAACCAGUGGAGGGCUUCCGGAUCACCCUGGUGGAUGAGUCCGACCUCUACAACUGGGAGGUGGCCAUCUUCGGACCCCCUAACACCCUCUACGAAGGCGGCUACUUCAAGGCACAUAUUAAAUUUCCUAUUGACUACCCAUAUUCACCACCUACCUUCAGAUUCUUGACCAAAAUGUGGCACCCCAACAUUUAUGAGAAUGGAGAUGUAUGCAUUUCAAUUCUUCAUCCGCCUGUAGAUGACCCACAGAGUGGAGAACUGCCCUCUGAAAGGUGGAAUCCUACUCAGAAUGUGAGGACUAUCCUGUUAAGUGUAAUCUCACUGCUUAAUGAGCCCAACACCUUUUCUCCAGCCAACGUGGACGCCUCAGUUAUGUUCAGGAAAUGGAGAGACAGUAAAGGAAAAGACAAGGAGUACGCUGAGAUCAUUAGGAAACAGGUCUCGGCCACUAAGGCUGAAGCAGAAAAGGAUGGAGUGAAGGUCCCCACAACCCUGGCAGAGUACUGCAUCAAAACUAAAGUGCCUUCCAAUGACAACAGCUCAGAUUUGCUCUAUGACGACUUGUAUGACGACGACAUUGAUGAUGAAGACGAGGAGGAAGAAGAUGCCGACUGUUAUGAUGAUGAUGAUUCUGGGAAUGAGGAGUCGUGACAUGUUCCUUCAGUGCCCCUGUACUGCCCUGACGUCUCAGGCCAAAGGGAGGGGAGCAAGUGGGGAUCUAUGGUGGCCCCUCAGCAAAAACUUACUCAUGGGGUGGGGAAACACACAGCUCCUGCUGACUCCCCUGCGGAUCUCAGUUUGCUCCUUUUUAUGGACCUUUACUGGAGAGAAAGUACCCUCCACGGAAUGUCUGAAUUUUUGCGUUCUUGACUCUCUCA